AUGCACUCUACACCGCAUUCUACUCCAGACUCAACUAUGCAUUCGACACCUCAUUCAACACCACAUUCAACACCGGAUUCUACCAUGCAUUCUACACCACAUUCUACUCCAGAUUCCACAAUGCACUCUACCCCUCAUUCUACGCCAGAUUCCACAAUGCACUCUACCCCUCAUUCUACGCCAGAUUCUACUAUGCAUUCAACACCUCAUUCGACUCCUCACUCUACUCCUCAUUCUACACCACACUCAACACCUCAUUCAACUCCAGCUUCUACACCACACUCAACACCUCAUUCAACUCCAGCUUCUACACCUGCAUCCACUCCAGCAACAACUCCUGCUGAUACACCAGCAAUCACAGAGAAUGAAGCUGCACAAGCAUUCGGAAGUACAACAUUCAUUGUUCCGAUGACUAUUGUUUUGAUUGUUACCAUUUCUCUUAUUGUUGUUUUUGCACUCAUUGCCAUCAAAGUUGUUGGAGGUGGUAA